AGAACGGUCCACGAAAAGCUAUGUAGCGGCUGGGAUGCCGCCAACGCAUUACCAAAAGAUUGUAACUUUGAGCUAUAUAAGCGCAUUUGUAUGAUUCGUAUUCACUUUAACGGCAGAGGUGAAUGACUGGUUGAAAAAUUGUCUGUGAAAUUUACGAGAAAAUGUUAGCGCUAAUAGGCUUUUUCCUGCUAGUUGCCGGAGCAAAUUGCAUGUAUGCAUCCAAUUCGGCUGUCGUUGAUCUUAGACCAAAUAAUUUUGAUAAUCUAGUGUUAAACAGCGAUCAUAUUUGGAUAGUUGAGUUCUAUGCGCCAUGGUGUGGACACUGUCAACAAUUGAUACCCGAGUAUGACAAAGCAGCUACGGCAUUAAAGGGUGUUGUAAAAGUUGGUGCAAUUAAUGUUGACGAGCACAAAUCUAUUGGCCAAAAAUAUGGCAUUCGUGGAUUUCCAACAAUUAAGAUUUUCGGACUUGACAGCAAACCGGAAGAAUACAAUGGCCCAAGAACUGCAGCCGGUAUUGUCGAUGCUGCAUUAAAUGCUGCCAGUCAGAAAGUACGAAAGGCUUUAGGUGGCAAGAAGACAGGAGGAGGUGACUCUAAGAGUAAAGAUUCCAAGGAUGUAAUAGAAUUGACAGAUGAAAACUUCGAUAAGACCGUCUUAAAUUCCGAGGAUAUGUGGUUAGUUGAGUUUUAUGCUCCGUGGUGUGGUCACUGUAAAAACUUAGCACCUGAAUGGGCGGCAGCAGCCACAGAAUUGAAAGGCAAAGUGAAAUUGGGAGCUUUGGAUGCCACUGUGAACACAAUAAAAGCCAGUAAAUACGAGAUCAAAGGCUAUCCCACCAUUAAAUUCUUCGCACCUGGCAAGAAAGAUGCUGACUCAGUUCAGGAUUACGAUGGUGGUCGCACAAGCAGCGAUAUCGUCAAUUGGGCUCUGGAAAAAUUGGCCGAGAACAUUCCGGCACCAGAAGUAGUGCAAAUUACUUCCGAAAAGAGUCUAAGAGCUGCUUGCGAAGACAAACCAAUUUGCGUAGUAUCCGUCUUACCGCACAUCCUAGACUGUCAAUCCGACUGUAGAAAUGGAUACUUGAAAACUUUGCGCAGUCUCGGCGAGAAGUACAAGAAGAAGAUGUGGGGAUGGGUUUGGGCUGAGGCUGGUGUUCAACCGAACGUUGAAGAGGCUUUGGAAAUCGGAGGUUUCGGUUAUCCCGCAUUAGCGGCUGUCAACAUUAAGAAAAUGAAGUACUCCUUGCUGAAAGGUAGUUUCUCGUAUGACGGAAUAAACGAAUUCUUGCGCGAUUUGAGUUACGGCAGAGGUGGCACUGCACCUUUGAAGGGCGCUCAAUUGCCUGUUAUAUUCGAAACGACACCUUGGGACGGCAAGGACGCCGAACCUCCACAAGAGGAGGAUAUCGAUCUCAGCGACGUUGAUUUGGAUGAGAAAGACGAGCUGUAAAUUUUUACCGAAAAUUGAGAGCUAAUUUUCUUAGAAUUUGCUACACACACGAAAUACAUCAUUUCCAAUAGAACUACUAUUAAAGGUGUCAACUACGGGUAGGUUAGAAGUUUAGUCGUCCGAAAGCUUAUUUUGUACAUCAUAUUACACACACAAAACUUUACAAAGUGUAUGUAUAUUUAUCAUAUCUACGUCGAUUCUCAAUGACUUCAGGUGGUGCGUUUUUACAUGAAGAGCAAUUUUCUCUUAUGUGAUUAUUUUGAUACUAUUUUGAAAUAACCGACAUUUUUCUCCUCUCGACAAUACAUACACACAAAAUAUACAGUAGUUUCGCUCUACGUCUUAAGGUGCCGAUUCUCAGGUGCGGUUUUUCAUUUUUAUAAAAAAGAAAAAAACUUCUUCCAUUAAAGAGCCAAUUUUGUAGAUUUUUCGUUGUUCUACAAACGGACGGAAUGGUUAUAAGAGUGUGAAUUUUCAUCGUUAUUUUUCCAUCAUGUGUGUGUGUUUAGAUAGGAAACGAUAGGUUUCGAAACACGUAAACUCCGUGUACUAUGACAAUGCAUUUAUUAUUAUUUUUGCUUAUCUUAUAUAAGUAAAAAAUAUAUAAAAGUACUUGAAAUUGUAUAGUUUCCUAUUUGUACUAAAUAUAGUUUAUAACAUUUUACAAAUAUAUAAUUGUUUCUAUGUUA